AUGAAUCCCAAAACCUUUGCUUACACGGAAAAGAAAGGUUUUGCCGAAGAAAUUGGCGAAGGCAAGAUAUCCCUUCCACUUAUCCACGCUCUCGCCACCAAGUCGCCUGAACAGGGCCGCCUUCUGAGCAUACUCCAGCAGCGCAAGUGCGGCAAUGGACUGUGCCCCGAAGUUCGCAAGCUCGCUCUGAAGGAUAUGAUCGCCGCUGGGGGGAUGGAGUACGCUAAGAAGACAGCUCUUGGAUUGCAGGAUUCAAUUACAGAGACGCUCUCCAUGUACGAGAGUAAGGUCGGUGAGACGAACUGGCUCUUGAGGUUGGCACAGAAGAAGUUGGAGAUUGAAGACUAG